CCCUUCGUUCCCUCCCAUUUGGCCCGUUGACCCAUCCCGGACGACUCCUUCCUCAACAGUCAUAAUGAAGCUCGCUUUCAUCGCCGCCACUCUUUUGUCCUUCUUCUUCGCCCUCGUCGCUGCCGUUCCCGCAGGUGGUCCCAAUGCGGAGCGUCUUGCCCGAGGCCUCCCGCCUCUGCCACCUGUGAGGCGACACGCAACUCCUGCUCACCUCGCUGCCCGGGCCCAACCAUCAGGCUCCAGCAGCCAGUGCAAUGGCGGAACCAUCAAGUGCUGCAACUCUGUGGCCUCUUCCAAUGACGCGGUCCCGAAAUUGCUCUCGUCGAUCCUUAAUCUUGGCCUUGGCCUCAACACCAUUGUCGGGAUGCAGUGCACCAACCUCAACGCCCUGGGCGUCGGCGGUGGAAGCUCAUGUACCGGACAGACCGUUUGCUGCAGUGGUAAUGACUUUAACGGUGUUAUCACGGCGGGCUGCACACCCAUCUCCAUUGGCGCUUAAACACGCAAAUUGACUGUUCACUCCCGUUCCCCUCCGGGGACCCUCAUCAACGCUUGGCCUAAACUUCUUGUAAUCCCAGUCACUCUUUCACCACCACACGCUGUCCCGACCCUAUUCACGCUUCACGCUUUCCAUCCCCAUCCUACGCGUACGACUACAUCCUAUUCACACUAAACUCUCCACGCAGCCUUGUAGAGACUCUUCGCUGGACCCUAAUCCCCCUAUUACCCUCCUGUGUCGUCACAUUAUCAUACCCCUUCAUGCAGAUUCAAGUUGCUGUCAUGAUAUCCUUCUCUUUGUUCUUGACACUGGGCCGCGAAUUUCUCUACUAGGACUGUUAGCUAAUCGUAUACCUCCUCCAUCCUCUCUUCCUUGUUCUCUUUUCUCUCAGGUAUUGUGGUGUUGUAGAUUUGUGAGGCACAGUACUCGCUUGGAAAGUGAAAUGAAAAAAAUGUUUGAGCCGUUUGGCUCAUGUA